AUUACAGGUAAUUUACCAAGAAUUACAGGUAAUUUACCAAGAAUUACAGGUAAUUUACCAAGAAUUACAGGUAAUUUACCAAAAGUGAUUGGUAAAUUACCAAAAGUGAAUGAUGAUUUAUUGAAAAUGACUGGUAAUUUAUCAAAGAUGACUGGUAAUUUACCGAAAAUGACGGAUAAUUUACCAUAAAUAGCAGAUAAUCUACCAAAAAUGAGUGGUAAUUUACCAAGAAUUACAGGUAAUAUACUAAGAAUUACAGGUAAUUUACCAAAAAUUACAGGUAAUUUACCAAGAAUUACAGGUAAUUUACCAAAAAUUACAGGUAAUUUACCAAGAAUUACAGGUAAUUUACCGAAAAUGACUGGUAAUUUACCGAAAAUGACUGGUAAUUUACCGAAAAUGACUGGUAAAUUACCAAAAAGAAGAAAGAACUUGUAAUUUACCAAAAAUGACUGGUAUUUCACCAAAUAUUACCCGUAAUUUACCAAUAAUUACUGGUAAUUUACAGCAAAUUACCAAUCUCUUACCAAAAAUGACUUUCCCAAAAAUUUUUUUUCAACCAAUUACAUUUACAAAUCACGUGACAACUUUUUUUUUCAAAUUACGAACAGUGAUUUAUAAACAAAUUACCAGUGCCUACAUAAUUUAUCAAGAAUUACUGGUAAUUUACCAUUCUAGAACUUUUUUGGUAAAUUGAAUAUUGGCACCUAAUUUAAUUUUUUGGCGAACUUCAAAAUGUGUGGACAGUUCAGAGCAAUUUUACACAGAAAUAGGUACCUAGGUGAUCUCAAAAUUUAUCAAACCGUUGUAUUUUCAACUAAAAUGGUCAUCAUUUUGAACUACACAGAAAUUAGGAUCUUGGAGUCAAGUCUACAUUACAUGCUAACUGGAGAUCUGAAACUUGAGUUCAUCUCGGAUGGACAUCCGAAUUUGAAGAGAUCCUGCUUGGAACCAUGAUGGAAUAAGAUCCUCAACUACUCACGACAAAAUCCUCCGUAUUGUACUGUUUGAAAAAUUGAAUACACAGCAGACAAAUUUUAUUACACAUCCCUUCAACUUUUUUAAGCCAUGUAAAGAAAAACUGAGUCUGCAAAUUAUACGAAGAUUGGCUUUCCGGACAAAGGUAGCUUAACAUGAGGAAGGGGACAAGAAUAGGGAGAACUGAUAAUGCGAAAAAAAAGUACCUAAGACAAAUAAAUAAAAUUAAUUCAGAUGCGUGUGAAUUAUUUUAGGAUGUGCUUGAUUAUUUUUCUAGUGAUAAGUAAAUGUUGGCAAGCUUGUAUGUAGGCUAGUCAAACUGGCAGAUAACACAUUUGACAUACUUAAUUAUGUACCUAUGACCUACCUAUUGUUAUUUGUUAUACGAUUAUGUAUUCUUAUCAAAAGUCUGUGUUAUUUUGUUAACGCAUUACAUAGUAGCAGACGUAGGUACUAGAUUUUUGUUUAAAUUCACAAUUAAACCUUGCAUGCAUGUUCUUAUCCCUCAAAAUGAACAACCUGUUGUGUGGGCCUCCUUUACCAGCCAAUUUCUGGGAUGGUUUGAAUCAAAAAAGCAUCGAUAGCUACAUUUUGGACUAUAUUCGUCACAACGAAGACAGAGUUUACAUGAUAAACGGCGAGACGAACGAACAACUCACACUUCGCCAACUAUCAGAACAAAGCUUGAACGUAGCAACCAAUUUACAAAGCUUAGGAUGCCGUUCGUCGCAAACCAACGUUGCAAUUUUUUCAGAAAACCAUAUAAAUUUCAUGGUUGCUCAUUUAGGCAUUUGGUUGAGUGGAUCAACAGCGACUACAGUCAAUUGUUUAUACACCAAUGACGAAUUGAAGCACGCUAUGAACAUAGCAAAACCCAGUAUAUUGAUUUGUUCUCUUCAGACGUAUCCAAAAGCUAAAGGAAUUCUAGCCACAAACCAAUUCGUCAAAUAUUUGAUACUGCUGGAUAAUCCUCCGAUACUUUCAACAGACGUUUUACUAUUUUCCGAUCUUUCAAGGAAAUCCUCUUCCAAACUCGUCCCACCAUGUGUUGAUCCGAAUGAUCCAGCUCAGAUUCUUUUUUCUAGCGGUACUACAGGAUUGCCAAAAGGGGUUUUGCUAACCCACAAAAAUAUUGUAUACAUGAUUCACAUGAUAAAUUUGGCCUGCGUUGUUCUUACAGAAUAUUCAACUUAUUACCAAUUGGAAGGAAAAUACACGUUGACCACGUUACCUAUGUUUCACGCAUUUGGAAUGUUUGUCAAUUUGUUCACUCUAACUCUGGACAUGACAGAAAUAUUUUUGAAAAGAUUCGACGAAGAAUUAUAUCUCUCAUUGAUUCAAAAAUACAAGAUUAAAAGUCUAUUCCUAGUACCUCCGAUGGUAGUGAGUCUUCUGAAAAGCGAUCUAAUCAAACAAUACGACCUAUCUUCUGUGGAUCACAUCGUAUGCGGAGGAGCUACGUUGAAGUUCAGCACCGAAAAAGAAAUCGUGGAAAAACUCAACCUGAAUCGAUGCCAACAAGGAUACGCUUUGACCGAAAGUGGUACCCUGGUCACUCUUAAACAUCCAAGUAGCCAAAAAGUAGGAAGUUGCGGUAACGUGGUACCAGGAGUGGUGGGAAAAGUAAUUGACACAGAAACGAGUGAAAUUCUAGGACCUGGCCAGAUGGGAGAGUUAUGUUUCAACACCCCUGGAAUGAUGAAAGGAUAUUCUGACGAUCCCGAAGCCACUGCCAGCGCUAUUCGUGAUGGAUGGCUCCAUACUGGUGAUUUGGGAUAUUACGACGAGGAUGGAGAUUUCUUCGUCGUCGAUAGAUUGAAGGAAUUGAUUAAAUAUAAAGCGUAUCAGGUUGCUCCUGCUGAAUUGGAAGCCUUACUCAUAAAACACCCAGAAAUCAAGGACGCUGGAGUAAUUGGUGUGCCAGACGACGCCGCAGGGGAAUUGCCAACAGCAUUUGUCGUCAGAAAACCACAAUCUUCUAUUUCAGAAAAUGAUUUAAAACAAUACGUUUCUGAUAAAGUAUCGCCUCAUAAGUGGCUCAGAGGAGGAGUCAGGUUCGUCGAUGAGAUUCCUAAGAAUUCCAGUGGGAAAAUACUGCGAAGAAAGCUGAGGGAAUUGGCAGCUAACGAGAUCACGUGCAAAUAUUAAUCAAACAGAAUGAGAAGGCAGGAUGGAUAGGAGAGAUUUUGGUAAAAUUAUUUUCACGAAAAUAUUACAUCGAAUUUGGUCU